ACUUGGGGCGCGCCGCCGCCUGUCGCACGUGCUAGCGCCGCGCCGCACCGCUCGCUCGCUCGCCCGCCGCUGCUGCCGCCGCCAUGAGCUGCCCCGUGACGUGCGCCGCCUGGGUGCGCUACGGCGUUGCCAAGGAAACGCCGGACAAGGUGCAGCUCAGCGGGGAGGAGCUGAACCGGCUCAUCGAGGAGGCCCAGGACCGGCUGAGGGAUGAUGCUGAUGGUAGCGAUGAAGGCCAGGCAGCAUAUGGCAUGAAUGUAGCCAUUCCUGACAGAGCUAAGUCUUCUCAUAAAAAUGAAGAACUGUCUGAUGAUGAACUGGGUGAAUAUGAUUUGGAAAAUUAUGAUGAAGAAGAGUACACAGGUGAUAUAAAACUUGGAGACUCUUUGGCUGCUCUGGCAGUAUAUGGAAGUAAUGAUCAUGAUCCUUACAUCACUCUAAAAACCACUGAUCAGUAUGAACAGGAGGACUUUUUGAUUAAGCCCAGUGACAAUCUUGUCCUUUGUGGCAGAGUUGAUAAAGACUACUGUAGUUUGGAGGUCCAUGUUUAUAAUCAUGAAGAGAACUCAUUUUAUGUACAUCAUGACAUUGUCUUGCCUGCCUACCCUCUAAGUCUGGAGUGGUUGAAUUUUGAUCCUAGUCCUGAUGAAUCACUAGGAAAUUAUGUUGCAGUGGGUAACAUGACCCCGGUUAUUGACAUUUGGGACCUUGAUAUAGUAGAUUCCUUAGAACCAGUCUUUUCUCUUGGAGACAAGAAAGAGAAAAAGAAGAAAAAGAAAGGAAAGAAAAGUUUAUCUUCAGAAGGGACAGUGAAAGGACAUACUGAUGCUGUGCUUGAUCUCUCAUGGAACAAACAAAGCAGGAAUGUUUUAGCAAGUGCUUCUGCUGACAAUACUGUGAUUUUGUGGGAUAUGUCUGUGGGUAAGCCAGCAGCCACCCUGAUGCUACAUACAGACAAGGUCCAGACAUUGCAAUUUCAUCCGUUUGAAACUCAGACCCUUAUUUCUGGAUCUUAUGAUAAAUCAGCUGUGCUGUAUGAUUGCAGAAACCCACAAGAUAACCAUCGAAUGUGGCGGUUUAGUGGGCAGGUUGAAAGAGUAACUUGGAAUCAUUUUUCACCUUGUAAUUUCUUAGCAAGCACAGAGGACGGCUUUGUGUACUGUCUGGAUGCUCGCUCCGAUAAGCCACUGUUUACUCUGAAAGCUCACGAUGAAGAGGUGUCAGGGCUACAACUAAGCAGUCAGAUCAAAGGGUGCCUUGUGACAUCAUCUGCUGACAAAUACGUGAAAAUUUGGGAUAUCCUGGGAGACAGACCGAGUUUAAUCCAUUCCAGGGAUAUGAAAAUGGGUGUUCUCUUCUGCGCAGCUUGCUGCCCUGAUUUCCCAUUUGUUUUUGCCUUUGGAGGAGAGCGAGAAGGGUUGCGUGUUUGGGAUAUAAGCAAGAUUUCUGCAGUGAAUGAAGUUUUUGGAAACAGAGAGAGACUUGUUCUGGCUAGUGCCAACUCUGUGGCUCGCAGCUCCACGGCCGCCAGCAGCAGCAGCAAUGAUUUGGAGACAGCAAUGGAAUCGUGAUAGACCAAAUGUCAAAAAAUCAAAGUAAUGGGACUACGACUAACGUGUAUUCUACAAAUCCCCGUUUGGUGAGAGUUCAUAGAACUUACUUGAACGUCUUGCACUCUGCAGGCUUCUUUGUCUCAAAGGAACAUGGUGAUGCGGUUUAGCUCUAAGUCAGAGGUUCUAAGUUCCUGCUUCGUACCAGCUUUGAAAGAUUAAAUCACUUGCUUCUCUGCCUGAGAUUAUGAUCCCUGAAACAGGGGCUACUGGAGUUGAUACAUAAAAUGAAACAGUCAAUAGAAAAAUGUUCAUUUGCUACCAGGAGUUUGAGUACUGCAAAGAAGGUAAAUACCUUCUAAGGGCAUAAAGAAAAACACUUCAGACCGCCGUUGUGUAAGAAAUAAACAAAAGCUGAAUGAAAUGACAAGUGUAAAUAGAUAAUUUAUCCUUAAUUUGAAGCUAGAUUCACAGAUUUCUAAUACAGAUUUCAAAAGUUCUUCUGCGUAACUUUUUAAGUCUUGAGAGUAUUUCUUGGGCAGUAAGUUGGAGUCCCUGAGUAGAAUCUUGAAAUGUAUUGUAACAGCUCAGAUGACUGCUAUCAAAUGAGAAAUAUCCCAGCUGCAUCCCCUCAAGAUCAAGGGUUUCUUUUCCCUGGUUCCACAGCACCUGAAGCUUAUUGAUGUUUCAUGUGCAUUGGGCUUUUCUUCAAGCUCCAAAUGUAAUAUAUAUAUAUUUUAUAUAUAUAUAUAUAUAUAUAUAUAUAUAUAUAUAUAUAUAUAUAUAUAUAUAUAUAUAUAAAGAGAAUUUGACCUGAACUAAGGAGCUGCUCCUCAGAAGAGGAUGAGAGGCUGUGAGGACGCAAAGCGAGGGUGGGGAGCUCAGCUGGUGCCUGGCACUGGUGAAAGCUGUCCAUGUUACAUACUCGUGUUCUUAACUGCUCCCAGGCAUUUCUGUCUGAAACCUGAAGCUAGGGAGGAACAUGGUGAGCAUCAGCCCAACCUCUGACUUAAAGGCUUCGUUUAUAGCAUCAGGAACCUAAUCAAGGCAUGCCACUCAAUUAAUUUCCUCAUGUUUAAAAUGAUCACCCAAGUGCCCUACCGCAGGCCAGAAGUUAAUUGAUACUCUUCUCCUCCUGCAAAGUGCUUUCCCCUGUGAGCACUGGAAGAGCUGCUGCUGCAAAAAUGCCCUGGGUAUUAAAGCAACCGGUGUCAAAGCAGCCGUCGUGUCAGUGCAGUUAGUUGACAAGAUCUUAACCACUGCUUUCCACCCUAGCUCCCCAAGUCAUUUGGUGAGGUAAAGCAGGUAACUUGUAUUAAUACAAACUGCAGAUGGGGAAAAGGCAGGGCUGCAGGUUUCCUUCCAGUCCCUUGAAGUUAAGUGGCUGCUUCUAAAUCCAGUUCAGCUGUUUCUAGUCUGGUGAUGGGUGUUCAGCAUGGCUCCUGCAGGACCCAGGAAUAUUUUGGCUGUGUUGGGAUUCCUGCCUCAAUCUUCUCUCUGCCAAGCAGUAGUAAAUGUGUGGACAACAAAUGACCGACUGCUUUUGUGAAGCUGAAGAAGGUGAAAGCACCAGAACGACACCUGCUCUCCACUGAGAAGCUUCAUUUGAAAUAAAUGCUUUGUGUUAAGCUCUUUGACAGUAGUAAUUUCUGUUAUCUCUGCUCCUGGUAUUAAUUGCCACUGUAGCUUUAGAAGUUGCUUUUUGUUUUAGGAAGAAAUUAUCCCACUGCAAGCAACACAGCUUUCCCUUGACUAAACAAAAUCCCUCAACCUGUCUUUCUGGAGCUUUUUACUCACUCAUACUGAUCUCAGAGAGCAAGCAUUAUGCAUUUUCAGGUUUGAAGAACCCAGGGAGUUCUCUAGGAAACAGAGCGCACAGGGAGAGCUACAGCUGAGCUGAGGCCUCUUAGGGCAAGGACUGGAGACUCUUUCACAAGGGAACCUCCAACUACCGCGUCGGAGAGCAGAGCUCAGCUUACUCUUCUUUUACAGCACAGCCAGAGGAGCCACACAGCAAGUCUUCAAGACUUAGAGACCAUUUCUUAGCUCUGCCUGUUCAUGGAGGUGCUCCUACCCCUACCUUGGCCCAAGAAAGCUUGGGAGAGGCAGACGCUGAAAAAGCGGUGGUGUUUCUCUUAACAUCGUUAACAGAAACGAGAAUCUUUUUCUCAAAAUGUGUAAAUAUUUAAAAAGAACAUUAGAAAAGAGCCACAUCUUUUAUUUUUUGUAAAAGAAAACAACCCAAUGAAAUACAUUUUCAUUCCAUAAAUAAUAUUAGCAGCAAACCCUCCCAUCACUCUAGGUGGCAAAAGGUUUACAGCACAAGAAGUAAUAUAUACUGUAAACGCGCUCGGAUCGUCUGCAAGCCCCUUCCUUACCGAGUCUGUAGAGUCUUUACCGCUUCACCUGCUUACAUGUUCUAGAGUGAGAAGAGGCAAUAACUGUUCUCCAAAAGCCAAUGUCUGAUUCUCUGUAGUGGGAUAAUUGCUUUGUCUGCAAAUGCUGAUUUCACUGGCUUUUUAUGUUUAGAAGGAAACCUGAGCAUUGACAGUCUUUGCUCUGUGCCAAACUACAUCCUUCAGUUAAAAAGUAUUAAAAACACAUCAACUGCCA